UGGCUGCAUGAGAGAAAAGUGUGAAAACCAGAAACGAUUCACUUGUCUUUCACAGCCGUGUCUGCUGCUGCAAACCUGCUGCGCCACUUCCACCCUCCGGACGAUCAGACGGUGGGUGCCUGCCUGCGAGUCAGCAUGGAGCAGGAGGGGCUGCUGGUCCAGUCCAUGUACUACGGGAGAAUUGGAAGCGAGGCCACAGAGAGGCUGCUGGAGAGGUUUGGACAUGACGGCAGCUUUCUGCUGAGAGACAGCGAGACCAUGCAGGGGGCAUACUGUCUGUGUGUGAGGAAAGCACCGUUUGUGCACACCUACAGGCUCGUGCACUCCACUGAGGGCUGGAGUCUUCAGAUUUCAGGAGUCAGACAGCAGAGAUACAGGACGGUGGAGACAUUGAUAGAGAACAUCAGAAGGGGCACAGCCUCUGGUGUCAGGAUACCCCCCCUCACAGACCCACUGGACAGAGCACAGCUACAGUACUUCAGCUCUGGAGAAGCUCCAGCUGUCUCCUCCACAGACUUUGCCUACAUGGAAAUGAGCAGCAGCAGCGGCCGCAGCUCUCUGUGUUGAGGCCGUACCUUCACACCGGCAGACCACCGCCGUAAAUCAGGUGGACAAACUGAAGAUGAAGAGGAAGAGGAGCGCACAUUUAUGUGGCACAUCAAGAAUAUGUCACAUUUCUUCGGGGUUUUCCGUGUUUAUUUUUAUCAAACCCCUAACCCCAACCCGUGUCACGCAGAGUAUCGGUUUCAAAGAAUUUCACACAUGGUGUUUUACCUAACAACAACUGUGAAAAAGAAGCCACUGCAGUGUAUUAAACAUGUCAGAUUCUACUCAAGAGACCUUGAAAGUCAUUGAAAUGUUUUUGAUUUGGUGUCAUGGGAAACACUGUAUUUUGUUGCUGUGGUUUCCUGUUCUCAGACCUGUGUUCUUCACAUGUGAUUGGUCAUAACUGUGGACUGUGUAUUAUGUUGGGGUAAAGAAAAUAUAUUUUUCAUAGUCGUGAUCAUGAACUGUGGUAUGUUUUUUUCUACACAGACAUUGGGUUGAUGGGUUUUGGUGUCUUAUAUCUGCUCGUGUGCAGUAUCUAUACGAUCUGUGUGGUUGUCUGCACGUUUGAUUCAUCUCACCUGAAGCGAUAACGGGCUCACUGAGUCUAACAACACAGGAAAUGUAGCACUGCAGAUCGUACAAUCUAUUGUGGCACACUUAAUUCACCAUGUGACUUUAUUACGAUAUCUUAUAUCCGAAAUACAAGCUGAUCUCAGGUCUCACAACAAGCUCUUAAAAGGACUGAGUUCAUGUCCGUUCUCACUGCUGCUGCUGCCAAACGUUCUUUUCUUUGUUAAUUGCAGUGGUUGUGUUCAUUAUUGCUGUAAUAUUUAAUUCUCUGUGAUUUCUCUGUCGCCAACUGGUUCAGUUUCUUAGGCUCAUUCAAGCCAGGCCUUCAAUAAAAGCUAAACUUUCUAUUGAUAACUCGCUCUCGUUCUGUCAAGCAACAAGUAUUUCAGGCUACAGUUUCAUCCUUAUUGGAAAAUUGUGUUAUUAUUUAUAUAAAAGCAGCAACAUUCAGUCUUUAAAUGUUUUUUUUAACCAAAGCGCUCUGAGAUUAAAAUCAGGAAAAUGGCUUGAGGACUUGUACAAGAGCGUAGGUUGGACCUGUAUGUCUGUGAGAGGAGACCUUUAUUUCUUAGUAUGUAUUUAAAAAGCACUUCUAAUGAAGCAGCUAGUUAAAACUAACAUAAAGUGUCUUAGCAACGUGUUAGCCCACCACAAGAACCAGAAGUAUAAACAAACUCUACUUUUCUAAAUCUCGGCUGUAUCUUAUUCUGGAGCGUCUGAAUUCAGAUGGAAUAAACUGCAGCAGGAAAUGAAGCUGGAUCACCUGA